AUGGCCUCUUCCAUUGAUGCGGUGACUGCCAGUUUUGCUACGUCCCUGGCUCUGGCGGGGGAGGAUGUCGUAGACAUAUCUCGUUUGCAUGGAUCUGCACCACAGCGCAUCUCCCAAUCUUUGCUGCUAGCAAAGCCUCUAACGGCGAAACCGUUUGCUACCUCUGACCUCCAACGCCACUUCCAGAGGGUGUGGGUUCUUGAUAGUCGUUUCAAAGUCCAGGAACGUGCCCACAAAAACUUUGUGUUUGCGUUUGAUCUCAGGAAGGAUCGAAAUAGGGUGCUGUGGGGAGGACCCUGGUACUUUAAUCGUACACCGAUGAUUAUACAGGAGUAUGAUGGUCUAAUGGCUCCCGGUGCGUUGAAGAUGGACUCUCUCUUCUUUUGGGUCCGGAUCGAAAAUAUCCCGCCCGCGUUGGAGGUGAAACAAACCAUUAUCAACGUGGCAUCCGUGGCUGGUAAAUUUCUUGAUAUUGACAAGAAGCUCUUUGACAAUACUGGCAACAUUAGGGUUCGCGUCUCCCAUGAGAUCUCUAGACCUUUCUUCCUAAAAAGAACUCUAAAGUUAGCUCCUGGCAUUGUGGAGGAGAUAUCUUAUUUCUUUGAAAAUCUGAAUGGAGUCUGUCAGAUGUGUCACUUAAUCCUUCACGAGAAUGGUACAUGUCGGAUGGCAGCCCAGUCUGACCUACUGCAGGAUGAGCAAAUGAAAGAAGGAACAAAAUUGGAUCUGCCUAACCCUUUUUAG